UCAUGGUGGUGGGUCAUCGAGGGAACGGGAUGAAUGCUUUAACAUCGCAAGACCGACGGAUGACAGCCGUCAAGGAGAACUCCCUCCUUUCCUUCAACCGAGCUGCCCGCUUCCCAAUCGACUUCAUCGAGCUCGACGUUCAGGUGACCAAAGAUGAUGUCCCAAUCAUCUUCCACGAUGAUGUGAUCCUUUUCGAAGAAGCUGGACAUAUCAAUGAGAAGCAGGUCACAAAUCUAUACUUGGAAGAAUUCCUUUCCUACGGCCCUCAAAGAGAGCCUGGCAAGGUGGGGAAAUCAUUAUUCAGGAAGGCUAAAGAUGGGAGAGUGUUAAAAUGGAGUGUGGAAGAUGAUGACUCUCUUUGCACAUUGCAAGAGGCAUUUCGGAGUGUUGAUCCCCGUCUGGGCUUCAACAUUGAGCUUAAAUUUGAUGACCAUGCUGUUUACAGAGAAGAAGAGCUUACUCAUGUUCUUCAGGCCAUCUUGCAGGUGGUCUUUGAGUAUGCCAAUGAUAGACCCAUCAUCUUCUCAACUUUCCAACCUGAUGCAGCACAGCUAGUGAGGAAAUUACAGUGUGUUUACCCUGUGUUUUUCCUCACCGAGGGAGGGAACCAAAUCUUUGAUGACAUGAGAAGAAACUCGCUGGAUGAGGCCCUUAAGCUAUGCUUGGCCAGUGGUUUGCAAGGUAUUGUUUCAGAUGUCAUAGGAGUUUUCAGAAAUCCAUCAGCAAUAGCUAGAAUCAAGGCAUCUAGUCUUGCCCUUCUAACAUAUGGCCAGUUGAACAAUGUUCCUGAAGCCGUUUAUAUGCAGCAUCUAAUGGGCAUCAAUGGUGUAAUUGUCGAUCUUGUCGAAGACAUUACUAAGGCUGUGUCAGAUUUCAGCAGACCAGCUACUGAAAGAGAUGAGAGUUCUUGUGACUCUAUAGAGGAGGUCAGGAGGCCUAAGUUUUCACAACAAGAGCUCACAUUCUUGCUCAAGUGUAUACCUGAACGAAUACAACAGUAGUCUCAAAGGAGCUAGGAUAUAAAAUUAUUGCAUAGCAUCUGACUUAUAGAGACACAGAAUUGAAAGUAUAGUAUCAUCGAUCCUAUUGAUGUCUCGCAGGAAAAUUGAUCUGCUUAUUCAUUCAAAAGAAGCUAUUGUGAUGGAUUGUUAUGUUCACGACCGUGGGUCGCAGAAGUCAUGUUGAUCUUUUAAAGCUUGUGCUCUGACCAUGAUCUUGCUAUAAUUAGUAUCAAACCAGAACCACAUAAUUUGACAUGGAAGAUGGACAUCCUGGUUGUCAUUCUUGAGGAGGUUGGAAAAGGAGUAGAAGAAAUGAAAGCAAGUAGUGGAAAACCUAAGAUGAGCUUGUGUACA